GCAAAGUGUACUGAAACAAACUGCUUCGAAGAUUCAACCAUGGAAGAAAAACCAGAGCUAUGCUAAAGCAAACCUCAACUCGGCGCCAAUGCAAAUGGUUUUCAGAGCUUUUAGCACAUGGUCCCUGGCCAUAAAGACUGCCAAGACGCCCCAAAGAGCCUUGAGUCUGUACACAAGGAUGCAACGCUUGGGCGUUCCGUUUGACAGCUUCGCCAUUCUUUUCACUCUGAAAUCUUGUACGCCGCUUCAGAACUUGCCCAUUAUACGCCACCUCCAUGCCCAUAUCGUCAAGGAGGGAUUUUCCCCCCAUGUUUACGUCGCCACAGCACUGUUGAAUGCUUAUGUUGUGCCUUGCUUCCGUGAUGCAUAUAACCUGUUUGAUGAAAUUCCUGUGAAGAAUGCUGUCACGUGGAACACUAUGAUCACAGCCUAUUCUCGGCGUGGGCAUGUUGAGAAGGCGCAUCAAGUGUUUAAUGAAAUGCCAGUGAGAGACCUUGCCUCAUGGUCGGCAAUAAUCGCAGGGUAUAUGAACAAUGGGCUGUGGAAGGAGGGCGUAACCCUCUUCCGGGAGAUGGUGAUCUCUGUUGAAGAGUUAAAGCCUGAUGAAGUCAUGUUGGGUCUGAUUCUUACAGGCUGUUCUCAUAUAGGUUCGAUAGGGCUGCUUUUGGGGAAAUCGGUGCACGGGUUUGCUAUAAAAAAUGAGUGGGAAUUGAAUGCCAAUCUUGGAACAUGUUUGGUUGACAUGUAUUUGAAAUGCGGGUUCUUAAAGAAUGCUUGUGUGGUUUUUGAUAUGAUGAGAGAUCGAAACGUGGUGGCUUGGACUGCUUUAAUAUGUGGCGCUGUGCAACAUGGUAAUGGGAACGAAGCAUUGGCGAUAUUCGAGAAGAUGAAAGAAGCAGGCGUGAGGCCUAAUGAAUUAACAUUCACUGGUGUUCUUGGCGCUUGUGCUCAAUCGGGACUAGUGGAGCAGGGCCGUGGAUAUUUUAGAAUGAUUGAAGAGUACGGUUUGAGGCCUAGAAUCCAACACUAUGGAUGUAUGGUCGAUUUGUUUGGUAAGGCAGGGCUGUUAGGGGAAGCUUACGAGGUGAUUAACUCAAUGGCAUUCGAACCUAAUGUGAUAAUCUGGGGUUCAUUCCUGUCGUCCUGUAAGUUGCACAAACAGUUCGAGAUGGCAGAGAAAGUGAUUGACAGGGUUAUGAAGAUGGUGAGGCCAGAGAACGACGGAGGGGUGUACUCUCUUAUUGCUGAUUUAUACGUUUUGAGCGACAAAUGGGGAGAGUCGGAACGAGUGAGGGAGUUGAUGCUCAAUCACAAUGUGAGAAAAGCGAGAGGAUCUAGUUUCAUCAAAAGUGGAGCGGCAUGAGGCCAUCGCCCCUCACUGUGUACGGUGCAGUGAAGAUACGAAGAAAUCGAAGUCUUACCAAUGGACUUCACUGUUUGGGAAAACUACAUUCAAUGGUGAUUGUAGUAGUGUCUGUUUGUCACUUCCAGAACCAAAAGGCUUGAUGAUGCUGAUGAAGUGGCAAGUGACCAAAGUGGUAUGUGUUAACAGUUUUUUCACCUGUUUCUGGGUAACCUUGGAUCCAAUUCAAUAGGUAUCUUCAACUUGUGACAUUUUUUGUGGGAUCAAAACUAUAUAUGUAAGGAAUUUUCCUGCCAAAAUAUUCUGUUUCUAAGGUCUUCAUAAACAAGUUUUUGUAUGAAUGUUUUUAAUACAUAUUUCUUUCACCAUA